GUCUGGACUAAGACCAGUCGCAUUUGACCACCGGCCGUUGUAAACUGAUAUCCGAUAGUUUCACCACAAAAUGGCUGUGUACGACAAAAUUAUUAUAUUACUAGUAACUUUGUGUUUAUGUGUUAAUUUUAUGAAAGGUCAAAAAAUAGAAAAUGAUGUCGAAUCAUGCCAAACAGUGGACAAUGAGGUGGGCAGUUGUAUAACAGUAUUGCAGUGUCCACUGUACAUGCAGAUGCUACAAUUCGCCAGGAACAACGCCACCGCAGGUCAGAUGCUCAAGCGAGCUCACUGCGGCUUUGAAGGCACUGUCCCUAAGGUGUGUUGUCCACGACAAGCUACUGCCACCACGACAUCACCAAAACCCAGCUCCAACGACAGAAGAGAAAGUGGAGACUUUGUAGAGGCGUUACUUGAGCCACCCGUGUGUGGUAUGAGCAACGGAUCGUUUGGCAAAGUUGUAGGAGGGGACAAUGCUACCCUUGGUGACUUCCCCUGGAUGGCGUUACUAGGCUACAGGUUCCGUCGCGGGCCUACUACUCUGUGGAUGUGUGGUGGUUCACUUGUCACCAGGAAGCAUGUCAUCACUGCUGCACACUGUAUAUUCGCUCAUGAGGAGGACCUGUUUCUCGUCCGUUUAGGCGAGUUAAACAUGGAACGAGACGACGAUGGUGCUAACCCCAUAGACGUGCCCAUCAAGACGAAGAUACAGCAUGAGGACUAUAGCCCCAACAGUUACGAUAACGACAUAGGUAUCCUCGUGUUGGAGAAAGAGGUCACAUUUACAGAUUUCAUAAAACCAAUUUGCAUUCCAAAAAAUAAUAAGGAGAGAAGUCAGACCUUCGAGAAUCACACACCCAUUGUUGCUGGCUGGGGCCUGAUAGCGUUCGAGGGUCCAGCAGCAGUCCACCUUCAAGCAGUCCAGGUUCCUGUGGUGAGCAAUGAGAUCUGUGCGGAGGCGUACACACAGUACAAGGUACGCAUCGGUGAGGGUACACUGUGCGCCGGAUACAAAAGCGGUGGCAGGGACGCCUGCAAGGGAGACAGCGGGGGACCACUCAUGCAGCCUAUUCUAACGGAGAACUUCAAAACUGCAUUUUAUCAGAUCGGCGUGGUAGGAUACGGGCGGAGGUGCGGUGAGCCCGGAUACCCCGGGAUUUAUACCCGGGUCACGCACUUUAUACCAUGGAUACAAGAGAAACUUUUAGGCUCGGUUGAAUCAUUGUCUUAAAAAUAAAUAAUACAGAGAAAACACAAACUUCUUAAUACGUUCUUUGAACGCUCCGUGGUCUCUAAAUAAAGUGUGAUCAUUAAAAUGUAAAUAUGCGAGCCUAAACCAAAAUCAAAAUUGGUUAUAUAAGUAGUGUGUGCGGAAAUAUAAGAAGCAAGGAUAAGUAAAAAAAUCUGAUGAUUGUCAUGUGUAAAUGAACUUUUGUGUAUCCUAGAUAUUAUGAUUUAUUAAAAGAAAUAAACUUAAUAAACGUAUUGUUAAUAUGUUUAAAAUGUCUUAUUACCUUUUAGCUAUUCGUUUCUAUUUCAUAUUUAUAAUAUUUAACACAUUUUAAAAUAUUUUGCUCGCUAGUUUUUUCACUAAAUGAACUUUGUAAUUUAUGUACACCUACUUAAGUAUUAAUAAUUUAGUUAAUAAAUAGAUAUGUAAGCGAAUGAAAUAUUUUUAUGAAAGUAAAUACAACUGUUGAUA